UUGCACAUUGCACAUUGUACUCAACCGUGUAAUAUACACCAAUGAUUAAUGACCAAGAUAUUGUAUUUUAUUUUAAUAGUACUAAUAUUUAAUUCAAAAUUUACUACUCCCUUUGAAAUUAGAACAAGAGAGAAUAAAAUAUUCAACGGCGAUCGGAUCGGAAUUGUCGUUCCGUUAUUCGCAUUAGCCAGCGGUCCGAUCUCCGAGAAGUAAAAAAAUGAUAACAAUUCCAUACUUGACAGCCUUGACCACCUAUUUUAGCUAUGGCUUGCUAUUUGCCUUUGGUCAAUUUCGUGAUUUCUUCAGAAAAAUCUUCGAUUGGUGCAAAUCCAGUAAUCUUCAGGGAUAUGCACCUAUCUGCUUAGGACUUGAAGAUUUCUAUAUCCGUAGGUUGUAUCUUCGCAUUCAGGAUUGUUUUGGAAGGCCAAUAUGCAGUCCUCCUGAUGCUUGGUUUGAUGUGGUGGAGCGUGUGUCCAAUGAUAAUAACAAGACACUAAAGCGGACCACGAAAAUUUCAAGGUGCCUGAACUUGGGGUCAUAUAAUUACCUUGGUUUUGCUGCUUCUGAUGAAUAUUGUACCCCACGUGUCAUUGAGUCUUUGAAAAGAUUCUCCGCAAGCACAUGCAGUACCCGUGUUGAUGGAGGCACCACAACGCUACAUAGUGAUUUGGAAAAGUGUGUGGCUGAUUUUGUUGGAAAACCAGCUGCUAUUGUUUUUGGUAUGGGUUAUGUAACAAAUUCAGCCAUUCUUCCUGUCUUGAUUGGAAAGGGAGGUUUGAUCAUCAGUGAUUCUCUGAACCACAACUCUAUUGUAAAUGGUGCUCGAGGUUCUGGAGCCACCAUUCGUGUUUUUCAACAUAAUACACCAUCCCACUUGGAGAAAGUUUUGAGAGAACAUAUUGCUGAGGGACAACCCAGAACACACAGGCCAUGGAAGAAGAUAAUCGUUGUGGUCGAGGGCAUAUACAGUAUGGAAGGGGAGCUUUGCCAACUCCCAGAUAUUGUUGCCAUAUGCAAGAAGUACAAGGCAUAUGUGUAUCUGGAUGAGGCUCAUAGCAUUGGAGCAGUUGGAAGAACUGGAAGGGGAGUCUGUGAGCUCUUAGGAGUUGACACUGCAGAUGUAGAUAUUAUGAUGGGAACUUUUACAAAGUCAUUUGGAUCAUGUGGGGGUUAUAUUGCAGGAUCAAGGGAACUUAUCGAAUAUCUGAAGUACACUUGCCCAGCUCAUCUCUAUGCCACAUCAGUAUCACCUCCAGCUGCCCAACAAACAAUUUCUUCUAUCAAGGUUAUACUCGGUGAAGAUGGUUCUAGUAGAGGGGCUCAGAAGCUAUCACAUAUACGUGAAAAUAGCAACUUUUUCCGCUCUGAAUUGCAGAAGAUGGGCUUUGAGGUUCUGGGGGACAAUGAUUCCCCUGUCAUGCCCAUUAUGCUCUAUAAUCCAGCAAAAAUACCUGCUUUCUCACGGGAGUGUCUCAAACGAAAUGUGGCGGUAGUGACGGUUGCUUUUCCAGCUACUCCUUUACUUUUGGCCAGAGCACGGAUUUGCAUUUCUGCUGCUCAUUCAAGGGAUGAUCUUAUUAAAGCACUCGAGGUUAUCAGCGAAGUUGGUGAUCUAGUGGGCAUAAAAUACUUUCCUGCCGAGCCCAACAAAGAGCUGGUGGAAGAAAACAGAGUCAAGCUGGAAUGACAGAGUUGUUAAAUACUACAUGGGUUAAAUCUUAUCAUGAAUUUACCUCAAUGUAAGCAUUCUCUAAUGGUGCAUCAAAGAGAAAUGCUGCAGAGUGCCAACUUGUGGAUAUUUUGUUCUCUCAAACAAAAAUAGAAAAGUGAUAAGAAAAAGCAAAUCUUCAAUAUUGACUCAAGAAUUGCUGAAGAAAAUUUCCAUGUAAGGUGGAGAAGAAGGAACUACGCGGUAGUGAUAAAACUGUAACAGAAAGGGCAAGAAGAGCAAGAUUGUCCCUCUGUUUUCGCUGUCAAGAUGAGAAGUACAAAAGCUUGAAUGUCAAUCUGCAUGAUCUUUGACUCAUAAUUCAGCUUGCUAUUGUUCACUUAUCUUUUUGUCUUUUCUCUUAUUUGCUAGCAUUUUUCUUUGGCAACUUAUUGGUCGAACUGUUAAAGGAUGGAAGUUCAGCUAAUAUGAAGGUUGUAAUGCUUGUAUUGACAGUUUUUGAAGGUUUUAGUUCUUUGCUGUUAAUAA